UCAACUUUUGGUUGAAGAACCUCAACUUUUGGUUGAAGAACCUCACGUUUUGGGUGAAGAACCUCAACUUUUGGUUGAAGACCCUCAACUUUUGGUUGAAGACCCUCAAGUUUUGGGUGAGGGCGGCCAUCUUGGUGUGCAGGAGAUGCCGAAGGCGGCGCGGCCGCGCCCCGGCGAGCGUUACCGGUGGCUUCGCCGCGCGGCGCGGACGUUGGUGUUGGAGAACGGAGCCCUUUGCGACGAAGUGGCGCGGCUGGAGGUCAAAUGGCUCCGAGCUCGUGAGGAACGACGCUUCCUCCUCGCCCGUCUUCUCCAGCUCCGAGCGGGAAACCUCUCCGGAGAGGGGACAACGCCGCGGCAGCGCCGAGGAGGAGGUUCCCGAGAGGCCUCCAGCGAUGGUCCUGGAGGUGACGGACGGUGGUCCACCACCUCCCGCGAUGGCGGAGGAGCUCCUCCGGGGCCACCUCCCACCUCCCCAUGGUCCUCGUGGACCACCGAUGGUCCACGACCACGAGAAGAACCCAAAGAACCACCUCAACCCCUCCAUCCCAACCCCAGAGAUACCUCCAAACCACCGGAUGGACCUCGAGAAGCUCCAAAGGACCUCUUCAAACCCUCGGCCCCACCAGAACCUCCUUUAGAACCACCUGGUGGAGCUCCUCGGGUGGACUUCCCGGUGCCGUCGGCCAUCUUGAGGCCGGAAGGGACCUCCAAAGGGCGCCGCCGCGGUGGGACGGUGACGUUGCCGUUGACGUUGGGGCCGUUGACCGUCCACCACCUCGGGGUGGUCCCAAUGGGGUCCACCUUACCCAUCGGCUUCCACAGCACCAGGAUCUUCACCAGCGUCCACCACCCCACCAGGAGGUGCCUCUACGCUUGUCGCGUCCUUCAAGGUCCGCGUUGCGAAAUCGAAGCCCAAGAAGAAAGCGGUGACGUCGUUUGGGGUUCGACGCCGGCGCUUUGUUACCAACGUCUCCUUCGCCUCUUGGGAGAACCUUCCGGAAGCUCUGGAGGUGGUGGUGGUGGUGGUGGAGAUGACUUCUUCGGGUUGAGUCACCCCACGGUUCGACGCCUUCUUCGGGGCGAGAAGGGGGAAGAGGAGAAAGGAGGAGGAGGAGGAGAAGACAACGACGACGAAGAGGACGAAGAAGACGACGACGACGAAGAGGACGAAGAGGACGACGACGACGAAGAAGAAGAAGACGAAGACGAAGGACUCCACGCGGCCUUUGGGUAUCGCGACCUCUUCCUCGCGAGCCCCAACGGCUCCGAUGAGUGAAUUCCGAAGCAAAGAGAGGUUCCUGAGGUCCAUAAGGAGGUCCUGGAGGUCCAUAAUGACGUCUUGGAGGUCCAUAAUGACGUCUUGGAGGUCCAUAAAGAGGUUCUGGAGGACCAUAAAGGGGUUUUGGAGGACCAUAA